CAAAAAUUGCGUCUAUUCUGUCAUGGCGGUAUUCCGUCGUCCGUGCGUGUCUUGCUCAGCGCGAGCUGUCGGAUCUUGUGGUUGACUUUAGUGCGCACCAUUUGUUUUGUCAAGUGUAAGUUAUUGACAAGAACCUUAACGAUUAUUGACCAACUUUCGCGUUGGAAGACGUCGGUGCUGUACAACACCAAAUGACCGUUAGUGCGCACCACGUUGUGUACCGGAGUAAUGCCGACUUUGAUGAGUUACUUCCCGUACGGAUCUCUUACGGAUAGCCGACCAAAGAAGCACUUCUUGCCGGAUACAUAACGCCUUACAGCUUCUUCGUGUUGCGCUCUUGUCUGUGCGCCGUUAUGAUACAAUGUCACUGUGACUGACAGGUGGCUUCGUUUGUUGUGUAGUUGGACGGACGUCAACGGCGCCUCAAUAUGAUGGAAGAAUCGUCGUGCGAUGCUAAUCACGGGUUCGUCGAGAGCACUGAAAGCGUCGCUCCUCAGUUUUCUGGCCGCCUGGGGCUCCUUACGGAGUCCAGCGCCGGCAGUGCCGCAGAAAACAUGGAGGAAAGCCGUUCGUCGGAUGCGUCAAGCCAGUUCUGCACUGACGACACGGCGAACGAAGCUGUCGGGGAAAACACACUGGAUAGCAACGACAACUCGACACGACACAGCGAUCAAAGUGACGACGGUAGCGGCGACUGUACCAAGGCGCCCAAUAGCGUGGUGUCGGAAAGCCCGCGCGCCGAGCACGAUGCGAACGUGCCGACAGCCUCUGCUUUGGAUGAGGAUGCGAAACAAGGGGCUUGUAUUCCUGAAGGCGACGUUUCUGUGGACAAAAAUAUCGGCAACGAACAGUCCCGUCAGUGUGAGAGCCGAAGCGAAGAUGAGGUGAACAAGAAUUGGUGCGCCGAAACUUCGAACGACAAAUCGGAGUUGGAUGCCGAGAGCGGCGCCGGCAGCACCAGUGGCCACAAGCGGAGGCGUUCCCGUGCUGUGCCAGUUUACGCUCCUGGGACUCGUGUUGAGGCGAGAGAUUUCCAGGACAAAUGGUAUGCUGCUAAGGUUGUGAGUGUUGAUGAAGAGGAUGGCGAUGUGCUCAUCCACUUCGAGGGUUGGAGUUCUCGCUAUGAUGAAUGGCUCCCCAUGGAUAGUCCACGGCUGCGGCUUGCAGCUAACCUUCACACGCGCAAGGAAGUGAAGAAGCACCGUUCCAAAAAAUCGGAAUACAAGAAAGGAGAGGAGGUGCUAGCAAGGUGGGGUGACCGCAGGAAGUACCCUGCAAAAAUACUGGAAGUAAAAGAAGAAGAAUUGUACACUGUAAUCUUCUACGAUGGGAUCGUCAAGACUCUGAAGGGAAUUAAUAUUGAAAAGAUGCCCAGUGAUCAGAAAGGCAGUGUGGCAUUUCCUCGAACACCUCAGAGAGAAUCCGAAAGCAAGCGUCAUCGUGAUUCAUCAAGCGACUCUUCAAAGAGGAGCCACAGCAAGCACGGAGAGCAGCGGAGGUUGUCCGAGGGUAGCAGCAAGACACAAUCCUCCAUGGACACCAAGAAGAGUGGCGAGAAGGUGGCGAAACCCAGGCUGUCCAAGCAGAGCUCCAAGUCGGAUGCCCGGAGGCAGGAAAGGAGAGAAGCAAGUGCUUCUCCGGCAACAAGCACCUCAAGUACCUCAUCGCAGUCCAAGAAGAAAAUAUUGCUUGUAGGAGGGAAAUUUAUGGCCAAGAAAGCCAUCUACCCUGAAGCACCAACAAGCUCCAAGCGCAGAAGUGAAUGCAAACGUAAAUCGAGUCUCGCUGGGGAUGAGCCUUCACCGAAACGGGAGAGAAAAUCGUCGGCCACAGCAAAAGAUCUUGCAGAUGGUAGUUCUCACGCCUCACUUGAUUUUGCACACACCAUCACGGCUCAAGAUCACUGUGCAUCCCCUGGCUUAGAUGUCUCGACAACUGCGCAGUACACGCCAGAUGGCAGACGAAUUGCCCCCAAGGAGUUUAUCAUUGAAGAGGAUCACAACCACUUCAAGUGUCACUUUGAGGGUUGCAACAAGAGCUUCCGCAAGGAGCCCCUCCUGGCGUCGCACCUCAAGCAUUACCAUGGAGGCAAGCCUGUGCUGCCAGCAACGCCCGAUCGUACUCCACCAAGCACAACUCCUGAUUUGCCUCAGCCUGUCUCCUUUGAAGCAGUUGAGCCAGAGCUGGUCAGAAUCAAGUCGGAGCACCCUUCAGAGACUCCUGUACCUGAGGCAGCUUUUGAAGACUUGGGUGAGGCUUUCGGUCACACGGAGGAAGAUGGACUGCCCAUUCAUGAAGCAUUUGUGUGUCCUGACAAGGCUAGUAUUUUGGAGGCGGAGGCGAAGCUGGAGACUCUAAUAGUAUCUGAAGAAGCAACUGGAACAGGUGCACCAAGCACUGAUCAGCAGCAGCAGCAAGCAGUACCACUGACAGUGCCAGAGCAGACGUCAGCAUUGGAGCAGCCCCUCACAGCACUCCCACCAUCUACAUCAACCGCUGAAGUGCAACUGGGAGCUGCUGCUGCUGCAGCAGCAGCAGCGAUCCCUGCUAUCACCACAACCACCACCACACCUGCAGUUCCACUCGCCAAACCACGGCGCAUGCGCUUCAUUCCUCACUUCACUACACUGGUGGAAGGCCGGGAGAAGCGCAAGAUUGCCAAGACCGAGAAAGCGCUAAUCGCAGACAUGGAGGCUGCAGCCAGUCGCAGGGCAUCAGCUGGAUCCGGAAGUGACCGCAAGCGCAAGCGCACAUCAAGCACACGCAGCGACAAGUCAGAUGAUGGCAGCAAGCGCAGUGCUACUGUUAAGGAAGAGAGCAACCGUAAGGCAAAGACCUCUGAGACAGCCAAGGAAAGUUCAGGGCAUGGACCAGAAAGUACGCCAACUAUUGAUUCUGGUGACACAUCUUCGGAGGUCAAAAGUGACGAAGUUGUAAUGUGCGUGUGCAAUUGUGAAGAGGAAAGUGGCCUCAUGAUGCAGUGCGAAGUGUGCCUCACCUGGCAGCACGGAGCAUGCUUCAAAAUUGAUGAGGAAAAAGACGUCCCCGACAAGUACAUCUGCUACAUGUGUGUGGCACCCAAAGAUAAUACGGACUUGCAGGCCGCGACGGAGUGCAACCAAGAACUUGGCUCAGGCAUGCGAGAAAGUUCUCGGUUCAAGCUAGACCCGGAUUGGUUCCAACAUGGCAGGAUGGCCUCCUUCGGCUUUUUGAAGGAGAGGCCCGCUAACCUUCCCAACCCAGAGCCCAUAAAAGCAACUCACGACCUCAUGUGCUCUGUGCACAAUGUCCAGGCUGUACUCCAAAGCAUCGCCCACAAGAUCAACUGUGGCAAGGUAAGAUUAGGCAGAUUCAGUGUAGCAUUUUGGUCAUUUGUGGGGACACAGGCCAAAAAGGAUAUGUUGUCUUUCCUUUUUCCAGACCUUGUUUUUCGUGCUGUUUCCCCACUCCAUAAAUACACCAUUGCAAACCUAGAUCAUUGCAUAUUUUUAUCUUUCAGUGAAAAGAGCCAUCCAGACUUGAAGUACUUCACUGUGCCAUGGGUGAAACGAAAUGUUGCUAACGAGGCAGUCGAAAUCCUUGAAAAGAAAGAUGGCACCCCAAGUAGCCCUGAAAAGGACGAGUCAAGGCCAAGUGGGCACAUGCACCUGUCGACCUAUGAUCAUGCUUACUUUGCACCUGAAAGAGCCACGACUCCCGAGCUGAUGCAAGAAGCUCCAGACGUCAUCGUCAGCACUGGUGGUGAUAGCAGUGCAGGUGAUCUUCUGGUGCAGGACAUAGCCAUGGAGGCCUUUGAAGUCGGAUGUGUUGAGGAAGUUGUCAACAAGGGAGAGGAACUGGAUGUCAUUGGUGGUGAGGAAGAGGUCACCUCACUCAUCGCGGAUGAAGAUGGCCGGGGCAGCAGUGCGUCUGCUUCCACGCCACCCGGGGCUUCCUCGACAAAUAGCAGCAGUGUGUCUAAGCAGGCCAACGGCACAGAAGAAGCAAGCCUGGAUGCUGAAGCCUGCAAAGUAAACCUGUUGCAUCAUGUUCUUGAUCUGGAGGACCAGCUUGAAGAGAGGAUGGAUGCUUUGGAGGAACAGCUUCGGGUGCUUGAGCAUGAGAGCUCCAUCAAUGGCACAGAUUCAAGCAUAACGGAAGAGGAGGACAUGCUGCGGCUGAAGUUAUCGCUCAAAGGCCUCAUGAAAGACUUGAAUGCAGUGCAUCGGUUGACACUGUUCCGGUGACAUGGAUGUGUGCUGCUGACGGACAGUGCGUGGUUGACAGCACGUUGCACAUUCUUGUGUGGAAGCUUUCAGAUGUGUCUGAACCUCGGUGUGAACAUUUUGUAUUAUAGUAGUUCUUUAUUUGCUACCAACUACUUGCAUACUUCUGAAGGGUCCUGCGAGUAGCGCAAGAAGAUGUGCAUUUACUACGCUGCAACAAACACCCACAUUUGUAAAUAUGUUGUUUUGUUAGUCUGUGAGUGAUAGAAAUUUAAAGAAAGAAGAGAAAUCUUGCCAUUAUUCAGCUUGUGCAGGGUCAUGCCGGUAUUUAUUUCUUACUUGUGGAAAGCUGCUCUGUGUGUCUGGCAUGUGAAAGUUGGUUGAAAACUUCAAUUUUUUUGUGUGCAUAUGUGCAUAACUUUGAUGAUGUAUAGUCACUCUAUUUCAUUAGCAGCUUUACCAUUUGUUACUUCAUGUUAAAAGCUCUGUAGUGAUUCAAAUCUUGGAAAACUACUGACUAGCCCACCAAAGAACUCGUGUGAUUUAUUUUGACUUCACUCGUACUGAUGCCUCUACUUGCUAUGAAAUUUUUCAAUCCUCUUCUUUCUCCCGAUGCAGAAAAUGCUCCGUUUUGCUGAGAAAAUUACAUUUCUUUUGCCCUGUGUCACCACAGGCAAUGUGUGCUUCUGAUUUCUUCGAGAUGAAAAAGGCAAAUAAUAUUGCAUAUAGACAUGAUAUAAAAUAAAAUGCAAGAAGUUCUCUCUGUAUGAAAUCUGAAUGCAAAUGAACGAUGAUCAGUAUAGCAAGAAGAGCCAUAGACCCUUUUCGUAAUUCACAAGUGUGGGUCUCUGCACUGUGCAUUUUUUCAAGUAAUGGCAGCACCGGUCAUCAUUCAAAAAAAAAAAAAAAAAGCACAUGCUGGGGCUUGUGUCUUGUGCACGGUUUCAUCACAAGAGCCAAGUCUACAUUUUCCAUGUCAUAAUACAGUCUCGAGUCCUGCUACAACGAAAUUCACGGGACACGCGAAAAAUUUCGUUGUGGAGGAACUUCGUUGACGCGAAAUUAGUAUGGAUAUACGUACGUCAAACGGCAAAGCUGCGAACGAAACCAAAACCAUCGUCCAAGAAAUCUCCGCGAUAGCCUGGGGGCAAAGGUUGCGACGUACCGAAGGCAGCCGAUAAAGUGUCAACUUCACAAGAAAAUGCAUUUCGCGCCGCUGUUACAGUAUUUUUCGUACAUUGCGGCCGACGCCCAACUCAACGCGCGUGCCCGGCCGAUCGUGAAACACUCAUUUUGCGGCACAUGCACCGUCGCAAUGAAGCGGUUUGAAUUAUGUAUCACAAUUUCAUUGCAUAUUUAUGACAAACUCGGCAAACUUCGCAAGUUUGCGCUUACCAGAAGUUUUAUUUCCAGAAGUCGGUCAGCCUGGAUUUCUUACGCUUCAUGGCAAGCAAAGGCGUUACGCGAGUCUCACAGGUCGUUAAAAAGAGCCAUCGCAAUGUCAUUGUCGUGGGCUCUGUAACUUUGACAAGAUCAAAAGGAUCCAUUACUUUCAAAGAAGUCGCCGGAGUCAGUGUGUCUAGCGGGUUGUCAUUUUCCCCAGACGACGAGACGUUGGCAUCAUGUUGAUAACAGCGGCUGCGGCACGGCCGCCGUAUCUUGAAAGCAAUCUGCACCGUGCACAAAGUGCACGCCCGCGCGGUCCUCAUUUUCAAAGCGAUCUGCGAUGUGGGCAAAGUGCAACUAGUGCUGGUAGAGUCGUGUGCGUUGUGCUUUCAACGUUUAGUUCACGUUGAAGCGAGAGACGGCACGGAGGUCAAUUCGCUCGCUGCUAUCGCGCCUUCUCAUUCCAGUGUGUUGACACCGGGUUUCCGGGGUCAUAGAGCGAGAUGUGUUCGUGUUUACCUGUGCGCGCGUGACACUGUGCUUGGUAAUUUAGUUAGUAAGUGAAUGUUUACAAGUAUAUACGGCCAAUAAACUAAAAUCCUUAGUUCGUAUAGCUGUCUACUAAUCUGCUAUCACAAUCGAUGUUUCAUCUUUCGGGGGAAGCUGCGAAAUUUUUUCCUUCCGCUUGCUGCCUCGGCGAUCAUAUGUGCCUUCUCAAAGAGAGAAAUUCACUGCUUCUUCGUUGGCGUAGCCAUUUCGACCGGACACACACACCACAGAAAACGGAAGCGAUUGUGGUGAUCCCGUACAGUCUCGUGCAGGCGCGUGAUGACCACGCGUAGCUAUGGAUUGAAGUGGCGUAAAUCGGUACUUUGAACUAGAUUUCCUAUGGAUUGCAGUGGCAUAAAUCGGUACUUUGAACUUGAUUUCGUUCGCAAAAACUUUGUUCAAGCGGACAUACGAUCGUCGCAGCUUUGGAAGGGCCUUCUAAUUUGACUACUCGACAGUUGCAAUUUCAAUUUAGUCCCAGUAUCAUUCUCGAAAAGUUCGUUGAAGCAGAAAUACAGAAUAAACGCCUUCGUUAUGGAGAGACUUUUUGUAUUACUUUCAAUGGGCAGCUGACGAGGAAUCGGAAAAUCUUCAUUGUGGCAGAAAUUUUGUUGUAGCGGCAUUCGUUGUAGGGGGACUCGACUGUACAGGCAAACUAUGCUUGUUCAUAAUGUUUGCAAAUAUGUCUACGUCGCCAUUCGUAUAGAGAAACUGCCUCACAGGCAAGUUAGUUUUACAAUUGUGAAAAGGCUAUUUAUACAAUGCUCCUUUCUUAUACCUCGAUAAAAUGAGCCUCUAUUUAACAAAAUUUGCAAUGUAACGAACUACUGUGUAGACCGCUUAUAACAUAAGUCGCCGGAGUCGUGAAUAUCCGCACUAUAAGCGGUACUGCACUAUAACAAAAGCAAGAAUUUUUAAGGCCCGCACAUAUGCAAAACAUGUGCACCGAGCCGCCACGCGUAUGCGACAGUCGAGGAAUGCGGCUAAAACGUUUGCAUUCAAGUUACAGUCGAAUCUCGUUAAUUCGAACCAAAUCACGUGGCGGCGCCUCCGACCGGCAUUGCUCCAGUACCGCCAUAGAGUAAAAGCUUAGGAGAGACCCCUCAAUGUCGCCUGCGAACAAAACAAAAAAAAAGAAAAAAACUGCGGAAAUUUCACCCUCUCUCAAAUGGCAAGGUCGCCGAUUCUGCGUUGCGCUGGAACAUGCGUGUACGUGCCGACGUCUCAGCCACGCUACCGUAGCCACGCGUAGAAAAUGGCAGUGAACCCUUCUUUCUCCUUUAUGAUUCCUCUACUUUCUAGUCACAUGUUGACCCUGCAUGCUGCGGCUACGGUGCAGAGGGAAGCAGCGGCGCUGUCCCAGGCUGGCCAACGAAACUGCCCACGCCGGCAAACGCGGGCAAACGCCUGCUUCCCGAUAACGGCAGAAAACGAAACUUCGGGGAGCUGGCGCCGGGCUGGCGCCGGGCCGGCUAGAGCGGCGGCGCCUGCACUGCGGCGGGCGCGCACGAUGACAGUCGAAAGUGAGGGAGCUACGAGGGAGGGCAAGGGGAGCCAGCAAAGCAGCGGAGUUGCCGAGGCGAAAUCCGCUUCCCUGCCCCCCUCCUCCCUCACAUUCCACGGUCUCCGCGUGCGCCCUUCACUGUGCCGUGCCGGCGCCGCUCGCUCCCUGAAGUUUAGUUUACUGCCGUUAUCGUGAAGCGAGCGUUGGUCGGCGUUUGCAGUUUCGUGGCCCUCGCUCGAUACGCGCGCCGUGAUAUUUCGCGUCUCGCACUCAAGAUUCUGGUUUCAGCCUCACUGGCUGUUCGUUCGCACCACGUGCCCUUCUCCUCCACUUCGUCUGUUUCUUCCUCGAGCACUCCUUGGGGCGCCCGUUUGAGGGGAGCGUUCGCCGUCUCCGCUGACUUCCGUACUCCCAGGCAGCCGCACUGUAACCGGUAUUUCGUUUACGGCAACUGCACUAUAAGCGAUACGUGUAUACAUGGAGUGCUAUGGGAAAAGUAACGGGAGUCUGCAAAGACCACACUAUAUCCGGUCCUGCACUAUAAGCGGUUACGUUAUAAGUGGUCUAUACUGUAUUUUUAUUUCCCCAUCCUAAUUCAGUUGAAUUAACGAACCUCAAUAUAACGAAAUUCUCGAUAUAACGAAGUUUUUUGCUGCAAGUGCAACUUCGUUAUAUCUAGGUUUGACUGUAUACAUAAUGCAUGCCUUGUGUGGUUUCAUGGUUCAUGCACUCAAAAAGGGCCCCUCACCAGGUCUGGCAAUGUCAAACUGACAAGCGCAGUGCAUACAAUGUGUGCUAACAAUCGUGCCUGCUAAGUAUUACACCGCUGUGCACUGCGAAAAGGGCUGAAAUUUCAAACCAAAUGCCUUGUGUCUUUCCUUGUGGGUGCUGCGCUCCCAGCCAGAGAGUCAACAUCAAUCGCACGAGUGCGCCUAUGUAGUUCACCGUGCUGUAACGUCGCGUACAGUGGCACGUUACUUUGAUAAUUAUUCAAGGCAACAGCAGUUGUUCGUUUGAUCCGUUGCUUCGAUAGAGGAAUUACAGUUUAGAGAAAUAAUAAAACCUACAAACGGAAUGUCUGCGUGUCCUUGUUAUACUUCGUACCGUAACAAGAGAGAUGUACUUCGUUUCAUCUGCUUGUUCCCAUGUCGUGUAGUUGUGCGUGCAGAGAACGAAAUUGUCAUUCUCUACCGUGUUCCAGGCAUUGCGCAAUCAGGCUCUGUGAUCCAGAAGUACUGCAGAUUGGGCAAGUUGGUGCAUCGUAUUCUUGUCUUGCUUUAGCUCAACUCAGUUUGAGUAUGAAGGGAAAAAAGGGAACAGGUGACAGGGUGAAUCUGCCUCUGUGAUCCGCUUGCAUCUGCCUCAGUGUUCGUGUAGCACUGACUUAUAUCACUAGUCACGUGUCCUCGUGCACAGUGCGUAAAAUCAUGCGCUGCGUGAAACAAGACAAACGCAACAGCUCGCGCGCGAGACCCGUCACCAGAAGUGUGCCGCACAGCAAGAAAGCGAGAAUAAAAAAGAAAAUGAAGGUGGACCCGUGACGUAUGCAUCACGUGAUCCUCCACUUCCGGUGUAGGAGAACUCGGAGAAGGAAUUUCACUUGCAGCGGCUACACGGGGCAAGUGGAGAGAGAGUAUGUUGGUGGUGAUGCUUGCCUCCUGAAAUUAUGGGUUUGCGGCAGUGAGAUAUAUCUCUGCUAUUAAUGUACCACUUUGAAAUAUUCUUCCGGUAGAACGCUCAAUAGAGGGCACGUAACAACUUCCAGCGUAUAACUAAAAUUUUCUAUGUGGCCUGGUGAGAGGCCCUUGCGCGAGUAGAAACCACACAAGUAUAUUGCACAUGCACAAUGCAGAAACUUAACAGCAAGUUGGAGAGUCAGGUUGGUUUGUCUACACUCUUCACGAAGGAUUCUCAUUAACGGUUGGUAGACACACAAAGAAAGGAAGUAAGAAAGAAAAUAGGUAGUACAGUGCUACGCUGCCUUUUUUCUUGUAUCAUCUUUUUUGUGUGAGUGAGAACAAGGUGAACCGAGAAACUUUUUUUUUCUAAAACUGUGCGAAGCCAACGGAAAAUAAAAUCAAGGAAAGCAUAAGGGCUCAUUGCAUAGUGAGGGCCCCGACAUCGGCAACCUUGAGGCUGUGAGGUAGCAUGCAUGAAGUUUUUUGACAUCUAUGUGGCAUUUACGAUUGAAAGAUGUUCUGCUUUCACUGUUAUGGCCAUUAGUGGUGUUGGCUGACACACUCAGGGCUGUAUCAAGUACAAAUAGAACACAGAUACCCAAAAAAGUUGAUGGGAGGAUGGCUGCUGUGGUAGCUCAAUUUGUAAACCAGUGCAUGCAAAAGGAGAAAGAGGUGGUUUCGGCUCUCACUGUUGUUGUUGGUCUUGUUGAGCAAGUUGUCUUUUUGCCCAGUUUAAUUUGCCUUUUCCAUAUUAUUUUUGCAUGUCAAUUAAAGAACAUUUAAUUUCCUCAAUGCUUUCCAUGGUUUCGUUCUCAGUUGGCUUCAUGUGGUUGUUCCUUUUUGUCUGUGUAUUAGCUGCUGUACUCGGGAAAAUCCUUUAUAAGAAAUUUGAUGGACAUGACAAAUGAUGCUGCAUACUGCAAGUGGCGUUGCUUGUGAAUACUAUUGUGAGAAAGCUUGAAGGAAUUAUGCUGUUAAAUUGUCUUUCAGCAAUCCUUGUCUUGACUCCUCUUUCUUGAACAUGCAAAUGAACAGCGUGCAUGAGUAGGACUAAGUACCACUGGUUUCCACAUCUCCUUUUGCAGAAUCGGUAAAAGUAAGAAGACAUUCAUUGAUCCCAUGCUCGCGCCUUGUUAUGCUUUUACAAAAAAUAAAACGUCUUGUUGGUA